AAAAAUUACUAUAUUCAUGCUUGUAUUUAAUAUUGAUCAUUUGACAAACUCAACUAUUUUACUAUCAUCUUCUCAAACACUCAUCGCCAAACUGAGAGAGAGAGACUCUGAUGUUUGAUCUCAAUCUGAGCGUUGACUGCAACGGCAAGGCGGAUCAUCGCCACUCUCCGGCGACGUCCGUUUCUUCGAGAGAGACCGCCUCCAGCAACGACGGCGGGCUGGUGACGCGGGAGCUAUUCCCGUUGAAGAGUGACCCGGUGCAGGUGCAACCGAGGAAGAGCCGCAGGGGGCCCAGGUCGAGAAGCUCUCAAUACAGAGGUGUUACGUUUUAUAGAAGAACUGGCAGAUGGGAGUCACAUAUUUGGGAUUGUGGGAAACAAGUUUAUUUGGGUGGAUUUGACACUGCUCUUGCCGCUGCUAGAGCUUAUGAUAGAGCUGCAAUAAAAUUCCGGGGCGUGGAAGCCGACAUCAACUUCAAGCUCAGCGAUUACGAGGAAGAUAUGAAACAGACGAAGAAGUUGUCCAAGGAGGAGUUUGUGCAGAUACUGCGUCGACAUAGCACCGGAUUCUCCAGAGGAACCUCCAAAUACAGAGGCGUAACGCUUCACAAAUGCGGCCGUUGGGAGGCUCGAAUGGGCCAGUUUCUCGGCAAGAAGUAUAUAUAUCUUGGGCUAUUCGACAGUGAAGUAGAGGCAGCAAGGGCUUAUGAUAAGGCAGCUAUCAAGUGCAACGGUAGGGAAGCUGUCACUAACUUUGAGUCGAGCUCAUACCAUGCCGAGAUCAUACCAGAAUCAAGCUGUCUCGAUUUGAACUUGGGGAUUUCGACGUCUUCUCCCAAAGAGAUUCAGAGUUUUCAGUUCCAGCCUUACCAAGUUCAAAAGCUACAUGUUGCUGCUACGAGACCCGAGUUGGAUGGAUUUCCGGUGACAUCCCAACACCCUAUUCUGUUGCCGGCUCCAAAUUAUGAGGGAAGGGCGGGUCAUGGCAUGAGUUCUAGUUCAGAGGAAGUAGUGAAGUGGGCGUGGCGAAUGCAUCACGCAACACCAACUACUGCAGCAUCAUCAGGAUUCUCGUCACCUGUCUUCUCAAAUUCGACUCCGUCCCUCAACCUCUGCUUCUCGUCAAAUCACAGCAACGUCUACUCCUCGUCCCAGACCCCGCCACAUUAAAUUUUUCUUCACUACACCCUUUUGCUGUCAUUCUUUUCUUCAAAGGAAAUAUUGGAUACUUUGGUUUGUUAAUGGAGGUUUAGUAGUUGUUUCGUGAUGUUAGAAGAGCACUUCUACCCCUCCCCACUUUGUAUCAAAUAUAUUUCUUUUUCCUCGAUUUUGUAGAUGAGAAAUGUAUACUUAUUAUAGACAACAUUUCAUGAUCAAAUCACUCAUUAAGGGUUUGUAACCAAUAUUUGAAUUCACUAACAUUUCUUAUAA